UAAGAGACUUCAGGCAUGACAUCAUUGGGAUGCCUAUUUUUAGUGUGGCAGCGGUAGGAGAUAAGGUUGGCCUCCACGCUGGAGGAGCUCAGAGUAUACAGACUUCACUACAGAGGAACAACUGAGACAGAGAGAAGUGCUGACAUCCAAAAUAAAAGUUUAGAACAGUGUGCUUUCCGAUCGCAGACACUUUUAAAUCUCAUAACAGGACCAGAUCCGUUUGUUUUGAUCGGUUCCUUCAGUGGUUUGGUUCGUUUUUGAGAACUUUUCCUUCGCGCUAAAGUUUGUUAUGGGACAGAAGGAGUGUAACCUGUGAAGUUUGAAGCUUUCUGACACUUUAGUCCAGAGAUAAGCUGAAAGAAGACGAAGGUAAAGUCGGGAAAAGUUUUGGUUUCUCUUUCUAUGUCUACUAAGAUGGAAACUACUUUCUACGACGACUCUCUGAACGGCGCGUUCACGCAGCACGACGGCGCCGCGUUCGGAUACAACGCCAAAGCGCUGAAGCACAACAUGACGCUGAACCUGUCGGACCCGAGCAGCGCGCUCAAGCCGCACCUGCGACCCAAAGUCAGUGACAUCCUCACAUCGCCGGACGUGGGCCUGCUCAAGUUGGCCUCUCCUGAGCUGGAGCGCCUGAUCAUUCAGUCCAGUAACGGUCUGAUUACCACGACUCCAACGCCAACCCAGUUCCUGUGUCCCAAAAAUGUCACGGACGAACAAGAGGGUUUCGCCGAGGGAUUCGUGCGAGCGCUGGCCGAGCUUCAUCACCAGCAUAUGCCGCCCAACGGCGUCACCACGACCCCUCAGACAACGAUCAACAACUCCAUGGCGCCCGUGUCGUCGGUGGCAGGAGGAUCUGUGUACAACUCCGUGCGCUCGGAGCCACCGGUCUACGCCGACCUGAGCACGUUUAACCCGGCUAUCACCACGGCACCGAGCUUCACCAGUGCCAACCCGGCCAUGAGCAGCUACACAACCACCUCUAUGCCACCACCACAACAGCAGCAGCAGCACACAAUGGCCGUGCAGCACCCGCGCCUGCAGGCGCUCAAAGAGGAACCGCAGACGGUGCCCGAGAUGCCCGGGGAGACGCCACCGCUCUCGCCCAUCGACAUGGAGAGCCAGGAGCGCAUCAAAGCCGAGCGCAAACGCAUGCGCAACCGCAUUGCCGCUUCCAAGUGCCGCAAGAGGAAGCUGGAGAGAAUCUCCCGCCUCGAGGAUAAGGUCAAGACACUCAAGUCGCAAAACUCAGAGCUGGCAUCCACCGCCAAUAUGCUGCGCGAACAGGUCGCACAACUCAAGCAGAAAGUCAUGAACCACGUCAACAGCGGCUGUCAGCUCAUGUUGACGCAGCAGCUGCAGACAUUCUGAAAAGGGAGAGAAAGGACGAAUGGAGUUGUCACGUAACGGACUGAAAGGACACGCUAAACAGAGGCGUCGGGUCGGUAAAAGCAUCUCUACUAGCAAUAGUCCACCAGGACCGAGAACUGUGUGACCGCGCGCUUUGGCGCGUUAAAGGAUGUCCGGAUUGGAGUUCAAAACUCCUCCGACUGCGUUCACUGGUGACAAACCGGGGCACAACCGGACAGCAUGAGAGCCUCGCACUGUUACAUUGUUGUUUCUUCUUUUUUCCUAAUGACAGAAAGAGACUCAACCUUGCUCGUUUUGACCAAGUUGUGCAUGGACCUAAGCUUUACAGGAGCACUCAGUAUUAGAAGAGAAAGAGAGAACUGUGUAGGAACGCGCCAAAAGCACGAAGUUGCGUCCAAUUAAGUUUGGGAAAAAAAACUUGUUGACAAAAGCUGCCUGACUUCUUGUAAUGUAAUUUUUUUCUGCUCUUAAACGGAAUCAAAUUGACGUUGAGUUAGUUGAGCUUCAGCAGUUUCUUUUUCUAAAAAGUUUUUUUUAAUGAGGUUUCACUCAUUGUUAUGUGUAAAUAAAGACAAAGAGGAGUACUUAAGUUUACCAUUUGUAAUAAGUUCUACAUCAUUUUUUUUAUGUUUGUUUCCUGGUCUCAUCAGAAACUAAUCAAUAUUUAUGAACUGUAUUAAAAGUAUGUCAAAUGAAAA